CUCAUACAUUAUACUUGUUCGUAAACAAGGUUUUCGGCGUUAUGCAUUACACUCAUUCGUAAACAACAUUCUCUUCCUUUUGCUUUUGUUUUUUAUCGAAGCUUAUGUUUUGUUCCCUUAUUUGUUUCAUUUGGGACACGUUUGCUCUGCUCUGGAUAAUAUUGGAAAGCCUGGACUGGACUAUAUUGGAAAGACUGCUAUAUUACUGAUCUCAAACCUUUGAUAUUCCUCACCAUAAAGGGGCAUUUAUUUUUGAAGAUGGCAAAGGAAGUUGGAUGUCUUUGUUGUACAAAUUCUACAUCCAGAUUAAUAAAGCUAACAGACAAAGCAAAUGUACCAGGUGCUGAGGAGAAAUCCUACAAGGACAUUUUGUACGAGAUGGCGGUAGGAAUUAUUGAAAAUAUAGGGGAGUGUGAUGAAUUUAGAUUGCCAAAUGAGGCAUGUCGUAAAUGUUUACGGCAGUUGAAACAAAGCUAUAGCUUUCUUUUGCAAGUAAAGGCAUCGCAUGAAUAUUUUCUUGAGUUGUAUUGCCCGGCUGUUGACUGUAAGGAAACCUAUGAUACGAACAAUUUACUGGAAACUUUAAUUGAAAUUCCAGGAAACAUUGUCCCUGAAACAGAAUCACUGGUGGAGCAUAAAAAGGAAGUGAAGGAAGAAGAAGACACUUUCGAGCCGCAGGAACUUGAGCUAGAUCAAAUUAUUGAGUUUUCCUGCAAUGAUCAAUCCAUCACAGAAGAUAUUGAAACGUUUGCGGAGAGCGGCGAUGAAAGGCAGGCGAAUCUGAGUUCCACAGAAGAAUCGGAUGUACAAUCCCUGGAUGAAAUAGAUAUGUUGCAUGAACCAAUUGCCGUCAGAUGUGAAAUAUGUCAGAAAAUUUACCAAGAUAAACAGGCUCUGUAUAUACACAAACGUUACACUCACAUGCCUGAUGAAGAGAAAACACCGUGCACCUUGUGUAGUUACAAAACAAGUCGCCCUUCGGCAUUAAAAGUUCACAUGAAAUUGAAACACAGUACACAAUGCAGUUUUACGUGUAAUUUAUGUGAACGCAGUUAUACAAGGCGGGAUGAUUUAACCAGACACAUCAAAAGAGUUCAUACAAAUACCAUAGUAACAUCUCCAAAGCCAAUUCGAAAUGAAGAAUACUUCCUAUGUCCGCAUUGUGGUCAAUCGUAUAGUUCAAAGAAAAUGCUCGAUAGUCAUUUGUUUACUCACAGUGUCGAAAGGCCCCAUCCAUGUGGUAUAUGUGACAAGACAUUUAAACGUAUAAAAGAUAUGAAAACCCAUCAACUAAUACAUAGUGAUGCUAAACCAUUUCAAUGUUCCAGUUGUGGAAAAUCAUUUAAACGUUCCGACAAACUGAAGAUACACAUGAGGGUACAUUCGGAAUUGCGGCCAUACAAAUGUCAAGAAUGUGAAAAAACAUUUAAAUAUCCAUCGGUAUUGAGAACACAUAUGCAUAUGCACACGGGUCAAACGCCGUAUUCAUGUAAAACAUGCGGUGCAGCGUUUUCUCUUAGAACUUCAUUGAAUAAUCAUUGUUUAAAAAAUGGUCAUGUAAAAUUAACAAAGGCCAAGUAAAAUUGACCAAGACUUUUAUAAUACUACUAGAAUAAAAAUGUCAAUUAAUAAUAUGAUAUGCUUCUUCAUUUAUUUUUA